AAGUGCAUAAUGGUCAAAAUUUAUUAUCGCUUGUUAAAUCACUCGGCGAAUUUUUAACCAGUGAGGAUUCCGCAAUUCGUGCUAAAGAAUGUUUAUCUGCAACACCACUUUUUGCUAAAUUUGCAAUGCCAUUGCUGGUUGAAAAAUUAGCUUCUGAUUCUAGUAAUGCAAAGAAAGAUUCCAUGGUGGCAUUAAAAGCAUGUGCCCCAGUGUAUGGAUUAAGUGCCAUUGUUCCUCAUCUUGAAGUUUUGUGGGAUUAUUUAAAAGAUGAAAUUAUAAACGCUACAAAUGAUUCAUUUGAACUUAUUACUCUUGAAACUAUCCAAAGCAUUACCGAGACUUUAUCAGCAGAUGAAAUAGAAAGUCUAGACCAUCUGCAACAAUUUCUAAAGAAUGUUGUCACUGAAUGUUUAGAAAACCUUAAAAACUCUGAACUAAAAUUAGCAAAGCCCUGCGGAAAGAUAUUAAAAUACUGUGCAAUGACAUCUGGUAAAUAUGGCAUCCUUGAAAUAUUGGUAGAAUUGAUUGCUGCUGUUCGAUACCUUUACGGUUCUAUUGAAAAUGCUCCAAAUACCAAAGAAUAUUUGGAAAAUAUCGCACAUUACAAACCGAAAAUUGUAUUAGAUGUCACGCUUCCCAUAUUUGUGUCUAAACUUCCAAACAUUGGUGAUGUUAUAAACAAGGGGUCUUACACAAACUAUAAUAAAAUUUUAGACUCUAUCUCCAAAAUAUCGGCAGAACCAAUAUUAUUUGAGGCUUUAGUACCUGAAAUUCUUGCAAAAUUGAACAAUGUCCUUUCACGUAACGAUCCUACUUUGGGCAAACAAUGUGCUGAAGGUAUUAGUAUUAUUAUUGGUGAGAAUGAAAUCUUAAGUCGACAGGGAUUUGCGGUCGUGAAGGUAUACAUUCUUGUAAUUUAUGAUCUGAAUUUUAAUUUAGAUUCAUCACGUACUAAUGACAAAUUAUAA